AUGGUGUUGCUCCAUCCAUCUUCAGCUUCCCGGUUCAUCUCCAAAGACCAGAAAAGGGCAGGACUACGUCUACCUCCAGAAGAGCUGAAGAUAGCCUGUCUGUGGCCUUUCAGGAGGCCCCAAAAGCUGAAACCUCACAACCACAGCCAAAUGAAGAUCAUGAAUAUGCCUUGCCUGCUUCUCCUACCUCUCUUAAGGCCAGACUCAAUGAAGCUUUAG